AUGACGGUUGCAACAGGUGACCCGGGGGACGACGCAUACGAACUGGAACCGGAACACGAGUGCUGUGAGCGUGUAGUCGUCAACAUCUCCGGGCUUCGCUUCGAGACGCAGCGGAAGACCCUCUCCCAGUUCCCUGAGACUCUGCUGGGGGACCCCAAGAAGAGGAUGAGGUACUUCGAUCCUUUGAGGAACGAGUAUUUCUUCGACAGGAACCGGCCCAGUUUCGACGCCAUCCUCUACUACUACCAGUCAGGCGGGAGACUGCGUCGGCCGGUUAAUGUCACUCUAGACAUCUUCUCUGAGGAGAUCCGCUUCUAUGAGCUGGGAGAGGAGGCCAUGGAGAUCUUCAGGGAGGACGAGGGCUUCAUUAAGGAAGAAGAGCGUUCUCUCCCGGAGAAUGAGUUUCAGAGACAGGUGUGGCUGCUGUUCGAGUAUCCUGAGAGUUCCGGCGCGGCCCGUAUCAUCGCCAUCAUCAGCGUCAUGGUGAUCCUGAUCUCUAUCGUGUCCUUCUGCCUGGAGACACUCCCCGUGUUCCGGAACGACGAAGAGGACGAUGGCAACAAUGUGUUCCAGCCCUUCAACAACUCCACCUCUUCCUACACCUCUUCCUACUUCACUGAUCCCUUCUUCAUCCUGGAGACGCUCUGCAUCAUCUGGUUCUCCUUUGAGUUCCUCGUCCGCUUCUUCGCGUGUCCUAGUAAAGCCGGGUUCUUCGGUAACAUUAUGAAUAUCAUCGAUAUUGUGGCGAUUAUUCCAUAUUUCAUCACGUUGGGCACAGAGCUGGCAGAGAAACCGGAGGACGGGCAGGCUGGGCAGCAGGCCAUGUCCCUGGCCAUCCUCAGGGUCAUCCGUCUAGUCAGGGUGUUCAGGAUCUUCAAGCUGUCCAGACACUCCAAGGGGCUCCAGAUCCUGGGCCAGACCCUGAAGGCCAGCAUGCGGGAGCUUGGCCUUCUCAUCUUCUUCCUCUUCAUUGGAGUCAUCCUCUUCUCUAGUGCUGUUUACUUCGCUGAGGCCGACGAGGCCGACUCCCAGUUCAGUAGCAUUCCAGAAGCCUUCUGGUGGGCCGUGGUUUCCAUGACCACCGUGGGCUACGGCGACAUGGUGCCCACCACCAUCGGCGGGAAAAUCGUUGGAUCGCUUUGCGCCAUCGCCGGCGUGCUGACCAUUGCGUUACCAGUUCCUGUCAUCGUGUCCAACUUCAACUACUUCUACCACCGGGAGACUGAGGGUGAGGAGCAGGCGCAGUACCUGAACACACCCAGUGUGCCCAAGGCCGACUCAGCCGAGGACCUGAAGAAGAGCGGCCGCAGCGGGAGUGGUUCCACCCUCAGUAAGUCAGACUACAUGGAGAUACAGGAAGCUGCACUGAACCACAGCACAGAAGACUUCAGAGCAGAGAGACUCAAGACAGGAAACUGUAAUGCUAACACCUUGGCUAACACAAACUAUGUCAACAUCACCAAGAUAAGAACGGACGUAUAG